AUGCGUACAUUUGUGGUUUUGUGCUUUGUUGCCGUCGCUUCGGCUCAAUACAGCUACCCCCAGCAAGGCGCUGUCGAUCUCUCCGCUCCUAUUGGUGCCGCUCAACUCUCCCAACCCAUUCAGCCUGUGAAUGAGUACAACAAGGAGUUCUAUAGCUACUCGGCACCUGAACAUGAAUUCGACGAUGCUGGCGAUGCAGGUCAACUCGCCAACUCGCUGAAGAAGAACUUGCGUGUUGUCUUCAUUAAGGGACCCGAAAACACCGGACUCGAAAAUGCUGCUUUGCAAUUGGCUAAAUCUGCUGGUGAUGAACGCACCGCCAUCUAUGUGCUCAGCAAACAGGCUGAUAUCGGCGAUUUGGCAAACAAAUUGAACUCGAUCAACCACCAAACCCAGAAACCCGAAGUACACUUCGUCAAGUACCGCACCCCAGCUGAUGCUGAGAAUGCACAACGCGCCAUUCAGUCACAAUACGACUCAUUGCCCGGUCCAUCCACUAGCAACAAUGGCGGUGCUGCACCAGUUCUGAACUUUGCAUCCCAAGCGCCAGUUGCUCCAGCCCCAGCCCCAGUGGCUCCAGCCAACUCGUACAUUCCACCACAAGCGUCGUAUUUGCCACCCGGCAGAAGAGUCUAA